AUGGAAGGUGGUCUAAAGACGCCGAGGCCUCUUGAUCUGUCGUCGCAGUCGCCAGACGUUUGGGACGACUGGCUUCAGAGCUACAAAUGGUACGCAACAGCGAUCCAGUUACAGAAGAAACCUCCCGAAGUUCAAGUAGCGAACUUCAUGACUGUCAUCGGCCCAGACGCACAGAACGUGUUCCGAACGCUCCCACUGAGCGAAGACGACAAGAAAAACCUGGACAUCGUAAAGCAACGGUUCAAAGAGCACUUCCACCCGAAGGUCAACCAUGCCUACGAACGGUACAGGUUCAAUCAAAUGAAGCAGAAAAAGGGCGAGACUUUCAACGAGUUUCUGACGGCCGCAAGACUACAAGCAAUGAAAUGCAAGUUCGGUGAGCUGACUGACGAACUACUACGCGAUCGCAUUAUCGUUGGCAUCACCAACGACGAUGUCAGAGAAAGACUGCUAAGCGACCCGACUGUCGACCUGCAGAAAGCCGUGAAUCUCUGCAAAGCGAGCGAACAGGCGUCACAGCAGCUCAAAGAAAUCGCAAACAAAGAAACGAAGACCGUCGACGCCGUCACGAAGAAGACAAAGCAGCUACCGAGAAAGAAGACUGUCGCGGAGACAAAAGAGCAAGCGCCGGCGAAUUCGGGAAUGGCAAGAAAAGCAUGCAGCUUCUGUGGAGGAUUUCACAGACCAAAAGAAUGUCCAGCGUAUGGCAAGACGUGUAACAAGUGCCAAAAGAAAGGACACUUUGCUGCAGUGUGCCGAUCAAGCAGAAGUAUGGUGCAACACAAGGUCCAUGCCAUCGACAACCACGAAGACCCUGAAGAAGAAAUGUAUGUGUCGGAGCUGAGAACCAAGACAAGCAAGACAGUGUGUCAAGAAGAAAUCCAAUUCAAGUGUGGAACUAAAGUUGUCAUGAAACUGGACACAGGAGCGCAAUGCAACGUCCUUCCAAACAAGAACGUCCAAGCCAUGAGACUACAAGUGUUUCCUUCGCCGGUCAAAAGAAUCGCAACAUACAGCAAUCACAAGAUGCAAGUGAUCGGUGAGGUGAGAGAAGCAUGCACUGUCCGUGAUCAGCCAGCGAAACUGAAAUCCCUCGUCGUGAACUCUGACGUGACACCAGUUCUGGGUCAGAACGCAUGCGAGCUCCUAAACCUCGUGAAGAGAGUGCACACAGUCCAAGCAACGCAAGAAGAUGACGAAAUAUUUCAAGGCAUCGGUUGCAUCAAGAACUUUGUUUAUGAUGCCGAUGUCAAAGAGGAAGCAAGCAAGAAGCUGGAAAACAAGCCACCAAGAAGGGUCCCAUAUGCACUUAUGGAUGAAGUCAAGCAAGAGCUCACGAGCAUGGAACAGAAAGGAAUCGUCGAAAAAAUCACAGAACCAACUCCAUUCUGCAGUGAAAUGGUUGUUGUGAAGCAGCGAGGAAAGAUCAGGAUCUGCAUCGAUCCAGUGGAACUGAACAAAACUCUCAUAAGACGAAACUAUCCUCUCAAGACUUUGGAAGAAAUUGUUGCGCAUGUCAGAGGAUCCAAGCGGUUCACUCUGCUAGACCUCAAGAAAGGAUUUUGGCAAAUGCAAAGACUGCAAGGGAUGAUCCAGUAUCUCCAGAAGUUUGUUCCCAACCUUGCGGACAAGACUGCACCACUGAGAAAGCUCAUCACCAAGGACACUGAGUACCUGUGGACAGAGGAACAGAGCAAGGCACUGACCGAGAUCAAGCAAGCGCUGAAGAGUGCACCAACACUCGCAUACUACAACCAGUACGCACCAACAAUCGUCUACAAGAAAGGAACAGAACUCGUGAUCGCAGAUCUACUGAGCAGAGACUGCAUCAAGAACGAGUCGGCAGGUGCAUAUACAGAUGACAUACAAAUGAUGGCAAUUGUACCCAUGUUACCUGAAACAAUGGAAGAACUAAAGAGGGACAUUGCCCAAGACAAAGAAAUCCAAGAAGUGAUCCAAGCCACGAAAGAAGGAUGGCCAAACACCACAAGAGGGCUCAGUGACCCAAUGAAGCUGUAUUGGUCAUUUAGGGAUGAACUCGCUGUGUAUGAAGACAUGUUGUUCAGAAGCGAUCGGAUAGUCAUUCCGAAGACUUGGAGAAACAGACUGCUUGUCCAGAUCCACGCGGGACAUCUAGGCAUAAACAGUUGUCUAAAGAGAGCCCGCGAGACUGUAUACUGGCCAGGGCUAACGGCAGACAUUAAAUGCUACGUGGAAAGAUGUGCCACGUGCCAAGCAACUGACAAGAAACCAGCGAGAGAGCCACUUCAUCUCAAAGAAAUACCAGACCUCCCGUAG